AGACUACUCAUUACUCCCUAUAAACUAAUCUACUUGUCUGUUGUUUCAUUGUUCAUUUCAUUUCAUUCUCUCAAACACCAAAUAAACAAUGCGUUACUUCAAAUUCAAAGGGUUCCAUUUGUUGAUCUUUUUCCAUGUCUUGGCUGCAACUCCAGUCUUCUCAUCAUCAGAUUUCUCAAACCAACUCUCCACAAACUUUCUAGAUAUUGCCAAGAAGGCUGAAGUAUUUGAUUGGAUGGUCAAAAUCAGAAGGAAGAUUCAUGAGAAUCCAGAAUUGGGUUAUCAGGAAUUUGAGACAAGUAAACUCAUUAGAGAGGAAUUGGAUAAACUUGGUAUCCCCUAUAAACACCCUGUUGCUGUCACUGGUGUUAUUGGCUUCAUUGGAACAGGAACCUCACCUUUUGUUGCAAUAAGAGCUGAUAUGGAUGCUCUUCCCAUUCAGGAACUGGUGGAGUGGGAGCACAAGAGUAAAGUACCUGGAAAGAUGCACGCGUGUGGUCAUGAUGCUCAUGUCACUAUGCUUCUUGGUGCAGCAAAGAUUCUUAAACAGCAUGAGAAAGAGAUUCAGGGAACUGUUGUUCUUGUUUUCCAACCAGCAGAGGAAGGAGGUGCAGGGGCAAAGAAAAUUUUACUUGCUGGAGCCUUAGAGAAUGUUAGUGCUAUCUUUGGAUUACAUAUGCUUCCUAACAUUCCAGUAGGUAAAGUGGCCUCUAGGACUGGUCCAAUAAUGGCAGGAAGCGGUGUCUUUCAAGCUAUAAUAAGUGGAAAAGGAGGUCAUGCAGCUAUUCCCCAACAAACUAUAGACCCUAUAUUGGCAGCUUCUAGUGUCAUUCUUAGCUUACAACACCUUGUUUCUCGAGAGGCUGAUCCUCUAGACCCCCAGGUUGUGACGGUUUCAAUGUUCCACGGAGGUGAUACAUUCAAUGUUAUUCCAGAUAAUGUCACAAUUGUUGGCACCUUCCGAGCUUUUGCUAGAAAAAGCAUGGAGCAACUUAAACAGCGCAUUGAGCAGGUUAUCAUUGGUCAAGCUGCUGUGCAGAGGUGCAAUGCAACUGUCAUCUUCCAUGGUGAAGUGGAACCUUUCUAUCCUCCAACUGUAAAUAAUGGUGACUUGCACAAGCUUUUUCAAAAUGUUGCUGUAAAUUUGCUUGGCACCGAUAAGGUUAAUGUUGACAUGGCACCAUUCAUGGGAGCUGAAGACUUUUCAUUCUAUCAAGAGGUCAUACCUGGCUACUUAUUCAUGCUUGGAAUGGAGUAUAAUUCAUCUGAACCGUUUCAGUCAUUACACUCUCCCUAUCUCAAAAUCAAUGAAGACGGACUUCCCUAUGGUGCUGCACUGCAUGCAUCAUUAGCUGCUACUUAUCUUAUAAACUAUCAGCAGAAUGUAACACAGUUAGGUUAAUAAUUAUUAAAAGCUAAAACAGUCUUGGUUCUUUUCUUGAAAUAAUGAAAUCAUUGCGAAAACCUUUCAUACUAGUGAGAGUUACAUUAGUGUGAACGGAAUCGGUCUCUAAACUAGUGAGUUAAUUAAGAGUAUCUGUAACAAGACAAUAUAAGAUUUCUAAGUACUUUUCCUUUAAUGUCA